AUGGCUCGAAUAACUUCUCGACAUAGUCCCUUUGCUGCAGCUGUGUGCUGCAUAUUGAGCCUGUUCUCUAUCAUUCGUGCUCAAUUAAUCGGCUGCGAAGCUGUUGGAUGUCCACAAAGCGAUGGCACGACUUCAUCAUGUCCCAUUGGCAAUUUUACAGCUCAAGCGAUCGGAACCGCCAACUUUACCAGUGCCAUCUCUUCCGAUCCUCUGACCUGGACCGUCGCCUUCAAAUCAGAAAUCUCGCUCACAAACACAUCGGCUGACGUUUUGGAGAGGAGUUAUUACCUUGGAUCUCCAGCAUCGCUUGAUCUUGCCACCAUUGAUGUCAAAGGAUGUGCUCUGAUCUUCAAGGAUGUUGUCAAUCGACGUGAAUUCUCUCCGACGGAAGCUGGCACUUGCCCUUCCCUUCUGGGUGCUUCAUGUGUUUCCGACUUAAUGUCACAAGCCAACAAAACGCUCUUGGAAAUACUGGACACCGAAGACCCAACUUUCAUCUGCUCAAAGUUGGCCGUCCAACUUCGCGAUAACGCUCCAUCCAGUUGCAGCCUCACCGAUGACAAUUUAUGGGGUGCCAUCUCAGUACAAGACAUCACAGGUCCAUCCCUGCUUGGCCCCAUUGCGGUUGAUGCCACAUGCAAUCCAACCUCACGUGAUGGAUAUCACCUCAUAUCUAUCGACUCACAGCAAAGCACCACUCUGCCUAUCUCUGCUUCGGUGAAUGCAUUUGCGUGGGGAGUAACUCCAGUCGUGUCGGUUUUCUACUCAUCAACUUUGCCCUCCACAUUCGAAGCGCCUGAGAUCAGUCUGAGCUGUCUGAAACCGGUUGCACAAGACUCGAUUGUCGUCGUACCGCUCGAGAGUACAGCGACCAAUCUCAUAUCUAUACCAUGGACAUUGACUGCGAUUGCUACAUCACUCAUAUUUGCUCUCAUUUCCACAUGA